GCAAUGCUGCCACACGUUUUGCGUAUUGACACUGUGGCAACGACACCGCAAAGUAUAUACAGAAAUCAAAUAAGAAUUUUUUGCAAAUCGGAAUCGCGCUUAAAUAACGAUAAUAAGAUUAUAAAUAACACACAAACAUUAAAUUCGUUAGCAAAAUGAAACUGGAAGAGCUUUUGACAAAGGGUGCACCAUCACCGCAGGAGGACGACGACGAUGAUGAAAAGGCGGAGUCGAAAACAAAAGCCACAAAUGCCUCUGAUGAGGGGGUGGAGAAUGCUGAAGAUGCUGCGGACGAGUCUGCUGAAAAAGAAAGCGCGACUGGCAAGAAAAAAGGCACACGCAAAAAACGUUCACUUAAUUGGGAAGAAGCCGAACGGGGCUUACUAUUGGAGGUCAUUAAAACGAAAGUGGCAUUUGUUGAGAAUCGCAGUGUCGAUGCGAAAAGCAUCAAGGCCAAACGAUUGGCCUGGUCGCAGAUAACCAAACAAUUUAACGCGCUGAACUUUCGACAUCGCUUGCUGGAGCAAAUUCAGGUGCAAUGGCGCAGCAUGAAGAAUUCAGCAAAACGUGAGUAUCAACAGAAGCAUCCGAAAUCCGAGGUGCUAGAGGGCAUGCGCAUGAUUGAGUUCAUGGAGGAGCUGCAAAAGGAUCCGGUAACAUCGCGCAGUCAAACGCGGAGUGCCGCCACAAAUGGUGCUGUCAACGUGCCACUGAAGAAGGAGCUGCUCGAAAUGGAUGAAGACGAGGAUAUGCCACUGGCUGCCUUGCCCAAUUCAACAAAUGCCAGUGAGGACACACUGCAAACAUCCACCAUCGCCAUACCCUCACCACCGCCCUCCACAGCUGGCGGCGACUCUCAGCAAGAGAGCGCCCAGCCACAGUCAGCGCCCAAUCGACGCAAACGGGCCAAAGCCAAACCGCUGCUCAGUCACAAGGAUGACACUGAUGGCGCCGCUGGCUCCGCGGACAACGAAAAGACUUCACCAACACGCAAAAGACGACAGCGCAAUCAUUCACAGGCACAGUCGGUGCUAUCCGAAGAUUUCAGCACUGAAACGCCUGCCAUUGUCAAUGCAGUUGCAGUUGGACAAUUAACGCCCACAGCCGUGCCCAAUGAGACAAUUAGCAGCAUGGAAAUGGAGGAGAAAUAUAAGCAGCAACUAUUCAAGCUGCUGAAACAGGCGCGUCUCGCAGAGAUUGAUUAUGCACGUCGUGAGCAUGAGCAGAAGCUGCGCUUCGAGCAAAUGGAGCAGGAACUCAAAAUGUCAUACUAUCGACAGGAGCAGGACCUCAAGUUACGUCACAUGCGUGAGGAGCACGACAUGCGAUUGCGCCAACAACGACGUGAGCACGAGGCGCGACUCAGUGUCUACAAUUUAAACAGCAGCGGCUUAAACAAUGGGGAAGUGCAACAGCAGCAGCAGCAACAGGGAGCACAGGAGCAGCAGGCACAGUUGCCAGCAAUUGGCAUACGUUGCAAUGCCAAAACAGAUUACAAUAAUGUACACAUGGACAAUGUUGCAACUCAGCCACAAGCAUCGUCGUCGUCAAGCAGCAACAGCACGGAAGCAGCGCUAGCGUUGAGUGCCAAUUCCUUGGCCUACAACUAGUUGUUGUACACACACACACACACACACCCACUCACACUCACAGCACACUCAAACACACACCACAUUAACAUAAUAAGAAUUGCGAGCAUUUAGUGGAAAACUGUAAACUUAACAAAACAAAAGAAAAAUCUUAGCUUGAAAUGCGUUUAGCGAAAUGUAGCCGACUCUCAACUGUCUCAAAAGACACUCAGACUAAUCAUAAUGAAUACGAAUAUGAAUAUUAUGAAUACAAAAA